AUGGGCCAGGAAAACUCGCUGCCGUUGGUGGACGAGAACACGCCGCCACAAACGCUGGAAAGCAGGUCUGUGGAGGCGGUGGGGCGGAUGUUGAAGGCGCUAGAGAAGAAGGAGGAGAAAGGGCGGGUUGUCGUGAUGACAGGCGCCGGCAUCUCCACCUCGGCCGGCAUCCCCGACUUCCGCUCGCCCACGACCGGCCUCUACGCCAACCUCGCGCGCCUGCGCCUUCCCUACGCUGAAGCCGUCUUCGACAUCGCCUACUUCCGCUCCAACCCCCUCCCCUUCUACACCCUCGCGCAGGAGCUCUACCCGGGCAACUACCGCCCCACCAUCACGCACUCCUUCGUCCGCCUGCUGCACGACAAGCGCAUCCUCCUCAAGCUCUUCACGCAGAACAUCGACUGCCUCGAGCGCGAGGCCGGCGUCCCCGACGACAAAAUCGUCGAAGCGCACGGCAGCUUCGCGCGGCAGAGCUGCAUCGAGUGCAAGACGCCGUACCCGCAGGAGGGGAUGCGCGAGGCGAUUCGGGAGAAGCGGGUGCCGCGGUGCGUGGAUGCGGCGUGUAAUGGGCUCGUGAAGCCGGAGAUUGUGUUCUUUGGGGAGCAGUUGCCGAGGGAGUUUUUUGAGAAUAGGGAGCUGCCGAGAGAGGCGGAUUUGUGUAUUGUCAUGGGCACGAGUUUGUCGGUGCAACCAUUCGCCGGGCUACCGUCAUUGUGUAGAGAGGAGACGCCGCGCGUGCUCAUCAACAUGGAGCAGGUCGGCGGUAUCGGCUCGCGAGCCGACGACGUGCUGGUGCUCGGGGAUUGUGAUGCGGGCGUAAGGAAGUUGGCAGAGGCGGCGGGGUGGUUGGAGGAGCUGGAGGCGCUGUGGGCAAGGACGGCGCCG